CAAUGAAACACGAGCUGCUUCAAACCACAGAAGAAGAACCAGGCUUUACAAUCGCGUGACGUCACCUACGACCCUCACAUCUUUGUCAGUGAACAAAAUGGCAACCUACUGUCUGACUGUGUCCCGGCUCCAGUUGGCCCUGGGUCAUGGUGCCCGGCGCCUGCAUGUGUCGGCCGCUUACCGAGCCAAGGCCAAGGUGGCCAUGAGCCGCUUUGAGCCCACCUCCUUCAUCAACUACGAGAAGCUCCAGAGCAACGUAGAAAUAGUCCGGAAAAGGCUCAACCGUCCUCUCACUCUGUCAGAGAAGAUCGUUUACUGCCACCUGGAUGACCCCCACCACCAGGAGAUCGACCGCGGCCGCACCUACCUGCGGCUGCGUCCGGACCGCGUGGCCAUGCAGGACGCCACGGCUCAGAUGGCCAUGCUGCAGUUCAUCAGCAGCGGCCUGCCAAAGGUGGCCGUGCCGUCCACCAUCCACUGCGAUCACCUGAUCGAGGCCCAGAUCGGGGGGGUGAAGGAUUUGGCCAGGGCAAAGGAAGUAAACGAAGAGGUCUACAACUUCCUGUCCAGUGCUGGAGCCAAAUACGGAGUGGGUUUUUGGAAACCUGGCUCUGGAAUCAUCCAUCAGAUCAUCCUGGAGAAUUAUGCCUACCCAGGAGUGAUGCUUAUUGGCACAGAUUCUCACACACCAAACGGCGGUGGGCUCGGUGCCAUCUGCAUUGGAGUGGGCGGAGCCGACGCAGUCGACGUAAUGGCUGGAAUUCCCUGGGAGCUCAAAUGUCCAAAGGUGAUUGGCGUGCGACUGACCGGCACCCUGUCUGGCUGGACGUCUCCAAAAGACGUCAUCUUGAAGGUGGCGGGCAUCCUGACGGUGAAAGGAGGCACCGGGGCCAUCGUUGAGUAUCACGGGCCAGGAGUUGACUCCAUUUCCUGCACUGGAAUGGCCACCAUUUGCAACAUGGGUGCAGAAAUUGGAGCAACAACGUCCGUGUUUCCUUAUAAUCACCGCAUGAGGACCUACCUGGAGAAGACUGGCCGUGGAGAGAUUGCUGCGGUGGCGGAUGAAUACAAGGACUUGUUGGUACCAGAUGAAGGCUGCGAGUACGACCAGAUCAUUGAGCUAAAUUUAAGUGAGCUCAGGCCCCACAUUAAUGGACCGUUCACCCCUGACCUGGCACACCCCGUGUCUGAGGUAGGCGCUGUGGCCAAGAAGAAUGGCUGGCCGUUGGAGGUCAAAGUUGGUCUGAUCGGCAGCUGCACCAACUCCAGCUACGAGGACAUGGGCCGCGCCGCUUCGCUGGCCAAACAGGCUCUGGACAAAGGCCUGAAGUGCAAAGCCCAGUUCACCGUCACCCCUGGCUCAGAGCAGAUCCGUGCCACCAUCGAAAGAGAUGGAUAUUCAAAGAUCCUCAGUGAUGUCGGCGGGGUGGUCCUUGCCAACGCAUGUGGACCCUGCAUUGGCCAGUGGGACAGGCGCGAUGUGAAAAAGGGAGAGAAGAACACCAUCGUUACGUCCUUCAACAGGAACUUCACUGCCAGGAAUGAUGCCAACCCUGCGACUCACGCCUUCGUCACGUCUCCUGAGAUCGUCACUGCCCUCGCCAUUGCUGGGACUUUAGACUUCAACCCAGAGACGGAUUACCUCACAGCGUCCAACGGAGAGAAGUUCAAGCUGGUGCCCCCAACCGGAGACGAAUUACCAUCCAGGGACUUUGACCCGGGCCAGGACACCUACCAGCAUCCUCCCAGUGACGGCAGCAGCCUCAAGGUGGACGUCAGUCCUCAGAGCAACCGCCUGCAGCUGCUGGAGCCUUUUGACAAGUGGAGUGGAAAAGACCUGGAGGACAUGGUGGUCCUCAUCAAGGUGAAGGGAAAAUGCACCACAGACCACAUCAGCGCCGCCGGACCCUGGCUGAAGUUCCGUGGCCACCUGGACAACAUCUCCAACAACAUGCUGAUCGGUGCCGUAAACAGUGAGAACGAUGCCGUCAACAAGAUCAAGAACCAUCUGACGGGAGAGUACGGCGGCGUCCCGGAUGUGGCGCGGCACUACAAGGCCAACGGCGUGUCAUGGGUGGUGGUCGGAGAUGAUAACUACGGCGAGGGCUCCAGCAGAGAGCACGCCGCUCUGGAGCCAAGGCAUCUGGGUGGAAGAGCCAUUAUUGUCAAGAGCUUUGCCAGAAUCCACGAAACAAACCUGAAGAAGCAGGGCCUGCUUCCGCUCACCUUCAGCAACCCGUCAGACUACGACAAGAUCCGCCCAGAUGACAAGAUUUCCAUCAAAGGACUGAAGACUUUUGCUCCAGGAAAGCCCCUGACUGCAGUGGUAAAGCACAGCGACGACAGCCAGGAGACCCUGACGCUCAACCACAGCUUCAACCAGACCCAGAUCGAGUGGUUUCAGGCGGGCUCAGCCCUCAACAGGAUGAAGGAGAUGCAGCACUGAGCCUGGAUGGGGGGGAGGAACCAGAAGAGGAAUCAGGGUGGUACAGAUUGGGAGGAAACAGAAGGUCAUUCAGGGUUUCAUCACCAGGAUUAGCUUGCAGUUUUGACUGAAGUUUAAAUAAUAAGGAAAGUAGGAAUACUUUUCAGCUUCUAGCUAAUGUUGUCGAUGGAACAUUGGAACCUGAUCAGUUAAAUUUCUUACUCCUCUUUCAUCAACAUUAAGCCUAUUUUUAAAAAUGUUUGGCCACCAUGUUACCAUAGAGCACAGAGAACCAGUUCUAGAGCCGUAUCCCUGGAUACCAUCAGUAUGUUUAAACCAGUCUGUACAAUGUUGGUCAGCUGCUUUAGGGUCAUCUUGUCCCUCUGUUAGUCACAGGUAAAUACUCACAUUUUCUCACACGCUUAAAACUUGCCCCCUGGUGGUUCAAAUGAGGUACUGCAGAGGGUGCAGCAAGCAGACCUGUUGUAUUUACACAAUAUUACAGUGUGUCUAACAGAGCGACACCAUUGGGUAAAUUUUUAUAUUAAUGUCUUAGACGGUUUCACCACAGAGCUGCAUUACUUCACGUUCAGAUAUGUUCAGUUUAAUACGACGUCCCAUCCUCCUAUCUCACAAUCACUUCUAAUGAGGUCAAGCAGCACGUUGUGCAGCAUGUUGUUGUUUCUGCUGUUUUGUAUUUAUCCAUGUUUUUUUUCUCAGAGCACUUCCAGACCUUCAUCAUUUCACUAACAGGGCAAACAUGUAUUUUUCAGGGUUCUUUAUGUGCAGGUUUUGUUUUUUUUCUGGUCCUACAAAAACUAAACUGGUUUAUUAGGGACGUAUAAUUUUAAAAAACCCAUAAAACUGUUCAUUUUCUGGGCCUUUGUUUAUAAAAAGAAAACUUAAAUCAUUUAAAUCAGGAGAAAGGAUGGGGUCACUUAGAUCAGGAACAGAUUGUUGGAUCUUUGUCCACAGAUAUUUUUCUGCCAGCCAGAUGAAAUCUCUUCCUUUUAACCACUCCAUGUAAAGUGUCUGAUUCUGUGUGCAGUUUUGCCUUCGCUCCCAAAUGAUCGUUUCUGUAUUACAGAAAUUUUAAGAGAUUGUAAAAUAAAAAUGAACUGAUAUCAUAUAUGCAGGUAGUAUUGUGGCUGUUUGUUAAACAGUAUUAAAAAUCAUUAUGGUUCAAAACA